AUGGCCGCCGCAACAGCUGCCAUCUUGCCACCGGCCACGGAUUUCGUCAACAUGGACCAUCGCUCAGCAGACUCGCACCGCAUGUCGCCAGCCUCAUUUGCCGAUGCCAGCUUGGCCAAUGGCAGACCGCUGCGCUCGGCAAAGUCGGUUCCAUCUCCAUCAACCCCAACAUCCCCUUUUCGCCUUCGCGGCACGCCGCACUCGCCUUCGAUUCCUCAUCGUCGUGUUUACAAUAUCGAUGACGAGUCAAUAACGAGCACGUCCCACUCAUUCGCCUCGGAAACUAGGUCGUCAGACGCUUCCAUCACCCCCUCCCAGUCCGCUUCCAACGUCUCCGCUCCCGCGAGCCCCAGAUCCUACGCUCACUUAGCCCUUCCUUUACCACCCUCAAGUCCAGGUUCGCCCAGUCGUCCACUAGCGCAUAAGAAGUCGGCAGAACGCAGGAGGAAAGCUACUCGAAAUCAGCAUCUCACCAAUCUCGAAGUAGCCUCGCUAUCCACCCCCGAGCUGCAUCUAGCGUCAGACCCCAUGCUCGACACCCAAGAACCGUCGUUCUUGCGCAAGCUGGUACGCGGCUCGCGCGCCCACUCCAACGACGCAGUUUCUAGCGCAGGCAGCGAAGGACAGACACAAGCAUCCUCGCACACUGAUAAUGCUUCCUCGCGCCUAGGCGUCUCACCCGGACUCGCCUACUCCAGCUUUGCUGCAGCCAUGAGCGCCGUUGACGCGUGCGAAGACAGCUCACAACCCGACGCAAAUCCUCAAGUCCACUGUUUCCGCAAAAAGAGUACCUCCACUCUUCGCAGUGCGGACUCGGAGGUAUCAAGAGCAUCCUGGUCCAUUCUGAACACGAGCACCGACACUCUUAGCCCGCCAAAGGACAUCAAUGUGCGAUCAUCUCCGACCAAGUCUGAGCCCAAGUCGUCAGCAGGCACUUGGUUCCGACGCCAUCGCCAGCAGAGCGACCCAUCUCGAAAGCUCAACCAAAAUUUCGACGCAUCCGGAGCAAAUUCCUCAACGCAAGUAUCGGUCCAGCGUAGCCAGAUGAGUGACGCGACAGUCGGAUCUGGCACCACUUUGUUAUCUCAGAGCAACUACACCGGCCUCUCCUCAGCCACCACAGCAUCGUUUGACUUGUCUGAGCUAGCAUCGCCACAAGCUGCGCUCGAAAGCAUUCGGAAGGCCCGCUCCUUUAUGAUUCGCGAGCUCGGUCGUAUCGCAGAGCCCGGAGACGCUUCCGACAAGCCGCGCAUCUCUGCACUGGUUUCGCAGGCGAGCCUCGAAGUGCACGACUUACACAGCGAGGCAUCGAGCUUUUGGCACAGCAUCGCCGAUGGAGUUCUGCUGUGCCUGCUCGCGAAUCGGCUCCGACCCGGAAGUGUCGACCGCAUCGACCGCAGAGACCUCGAAUGGGUCAAGUCCAACAACAUUUCCAGGUUCUUGAGAGCUGCACGCGACCAUCUGGGCCUUCGUUCCAAGGACUUGUUUCAGACCUUUGAUCUUACCGACAGCACCGUCGGCGGCCUUCUUCGCGUCGUCCACACGCUUCAAGCAACAGAAAAGAUGGCUAGGCGCAGCUCCAAGGUGACAGCGGCUCGAGCGAACGCCAUCAAAAUUGAGCCCAGAACGACCUCGAUGACUCCUCCCACUACGCCACGCGCGCAGGACCGAAAGAUGCUCCCAGUCGGCAACGGCGAUCUAGAGUGCAUCGAGAAUAGCUCGGAGCUCUUUCUGAAUGAUGACACGCCAAAGAGGGCCGUACUAAGCAUCCAACAGAACAGACGCGAAGCAGAACGCAUUCUCAUAGGCAAGUCUGACUCUUCACGCUACACCUCCACGUCCUUCGAUGCUAAGCGUCGCUCCAUCGAGCUCGGCCACCCAAAGCCGAAAGGAUCAUCCAUCACAUUUGCCGACUCAGUCAAGCAGAACAGCUACAGCGCCGACGACGAUAAUCGUCUACCAUAUCGUGAUCGCAAGUUGAGCGAGUCGGUCAUCAGCCUGACGGGUGUCGCUGAAGAGCCCGAAGAUGGUGUGGUAACCAAUGAUGAUUCUUUGCCCACCGCAGAAUCAUUCUCCACCUCUAGCACUCCAUCCGUAUCGAUGGAGCUAAGCCAGGUCAGAAGAGGAAGCAGCGAAUCAGACAAAUCCACCAAGAGCUUUGCCGUCAAGCCGCCGUUGCUGGCUCGCAGCACAUCGCAGAAGCGUAUCAGUCAGGAGCUGGCGCUCGGCCAGCUUCCUAGGGCGGUCAUCGGAUCGACCGAGAAUCUCGACGAUUAUCUCUUUAUCUCGGGAAGCCCCACCCGGCAUGCUCCGACCCGACGUCAUAGCGCUCGUCUCUACGCUGGUCCGUCGCUGCUCAAUCCUUCGCGCGAAUCCUUGCUCAACCUCGGCUCGCAGGCAAAUGGCGAGUCAGACGCGUUAGCAUCGUCCCGAGUUCCCUUCCCACGCGGCGCAAACGAUUCUCCAGGUGCUCGCAGGAUGGCGCGCCACCUCUCGAUGAAUGCAGGCGUCAGCGACACAAUCUCGACGGCAUCAGGUCCUUCGACCGCAAUCGCCACCAACGGCAGCAGCAGCUCGUCCAAAGUCUCUUCUCGGCCACAUUUCCGACACAUGCGUUACUCGUCUGACUUGCAUCUCCCUUCCAUGAGUCGUCCUACUUCCGUCGGCGGACGUUCGCCAGAUCCCUCGGUGGAUGAGCGAUCCUACAUCUCGACAUCACGCAGUCGCUUUGAUUCCGAGAUUGGCUCGAUCUACACCAACACACUCGGCAGUCUACCUACGGAUGAGAGUGGGUCAACGACUACCAGAGCUAGUCGCGACGCCACCGGUCCGAAGCACAAGAUCGUAGUCGCCGAAGAGGGCAAACCGAGCGUUACAUACCAAUUGGGCAACUGCAUCGGUCGCGGUCAAUUUGGGUCCGUGUACCGCGCUUUGAAUCUCAACUCGGGACGUAUGGUCGCCGUCAAGAGGAUCAAGCUCGAGGGUCGUACCGACGAAGAGAUCAAUGAUCUCAUGGGCGAAGUUGAUCUUCUCAAAAGCCUUACCCACCCGAGCGUGGUCAAGUAUGAAGGCCUCGUGCGUGGACCUGACGUCGUUUCCAUCAUUCUCGAGUUCGUGGAGAAUGGUUCGCUGCUUCACACGCUCAAGGCCUUCGGUAACUUUCCCGAAAAGCUUGUCGCAAGCUAUGUAGUCAAGAUCCUGGAGGGUCUCAACUACCUCCACGGCCAGAACGUCGUGCAUUGCGACCUCAAAGCUGCCAACAUCUUGACCACCAAACAAGGCAACGUCAAGCUUUCUGAUUUCGGUGUUUCACUCAAUCUGAAAGCGGUCAAGAAGAUGGGCAACAAGAACGAUGCGAUCGGCACACCGAACUGGAUGGCGCCCGAAGUCAUCGAGCUCAAAGGCGUCACCACAGCUGCCGAUAUUUGGUCGCUGGGUUGCACCAUCAUCGAGCUGCUGACCGGCAAGCCUCCUUACUACGACAUGCUUGCCAUGUCGGCCAUGUUCAGGAUCGUCGAGGAUGACUGCCCGCCCAUUCCCGAAAAGUGCUCGGAUGCGCUGCGUGAUCUGCUGAUGCAAUGCUUCAACAAAGAUCCGGCUAAGCGCCCAAGUGCCGAGAUGCUCUUUGAGCACGAAUGGAUGCAACAGGUAUGGUCGGGUCACAAGGAUUUGCGGGAGCUGCGACCGCAGGACAGCGUUCCGUUUCUGCGUCGCAUUAGCGCAGAUGCUAGACGUCUCGACCCGCGCAUUUUCGAAGAAGACGAACGCGCGGUGCAGCCUGCGAUGGAGAGGUCGACGUCGUCCCCUGCACCUACUCUGCAACGUCCGGGGCUGGAAGCGCUGCGCGCCAACACCUCCCCUGCCGAGUCUUUGGCGGCUGUAGCCACCGAGAUGGCCAAUGGCGUCUCGCCCACGACCUCCCCCGCUGUUCAUUCAAAUCCGCUGCCUAGCGUCGACACCUCUUCGAAAAACCAAGCCCAGUCGCCCGCGUUGACGCCUGCGAAUCCGACCGUGUUUUUGCCCGCGGGCGAAACGUCGAUGCUCGAUCUGGGUCUGAUGGCUGAGGAAGAAGCCAAGCCGCACGCAUUCGUCAAGAGCACGUUCAGCAAGGCGGUAGUGUGCAAGAUCUGCCGCGAGCCGGUCAAGAAGCAUGCGGUGCUGUGCGAAGAGUGCGGACUGGUAUGUCACGCAAGGUGUGCCGUUCACGCACCUUCGCCUUGCAAUCUGCGUGCUCAGCUGCUUCUGUUCCAGCAGAGGGCGUCUAUGGACCAGACGAGCCCCAUGUCGUCAGCAGCGCAACUGGCGCCUGUGUCGCCCAUGCUUGCUGGCGGCGCGCCCAACGCUGCGGUUCCGAUCAACUUCCGCUUUCCUUUUGGCAUGAAGCGUCAGUCCAAGUCUCCGACGGCGGAUUCGCAGCCGCAGCUGGGCUUGGUUGCAUCGGCGAGCUCCGAGACUGAGGUGAGGGGGUCGCCUUCGCCUCCCACCGGCAACGGCGUUACUGCAGCUAAGCCGGCCAAGGACCAAGCUGCUGUACGCAAGCGUCGCAUCUCGUUGAUUCCCGGUCGACAACGCUCGCCGUCGCCUCCGCCUGCGGAAACCCCCGAGGCGAUGCGGAGCCCAUACGGCAACGGAGCUCUGCACGGUACAAGGCGGCACAGCUCGAUGAGCUACGGCAGCAUCAGUGGCGCCAGCAGCAUCUCGAGCGCUGGUGGCAUCCUGCUGGGCCACUCGAGUUCUCGUGGCUCGUCGGCGCAGCAGCACCAAGCGCAGCAGGCGCAUCCGCACGCUUCAACGCCGGUGCUACCCGUCGAGCAGCUGCACGCUCGUCCUUCCAAGGAGCGCUUCCGUCGUCGUCUGAGCUCUGGCGUCGUCACGUCCGGCGCACGCGCUGAAGCGCUAUCUGCCAAACACACCACCAAAGGCGGUGUGUCAACUGGCCAGGUGACGCCCACACCGCGGUCCGCAAUCGAACGCCAAAAAUCACGUCGCUCUUCGUCCAAGGCCGACUGCACCAUCAUGUGA